UGUUCAGGGAGGUUUUGCAGGCAAUUGCUAUACAUAAAUAUACGCACCAACAGGCCUGUUCCAUCUGUUUAAUAAGUGACGUAGAGGCGCGAAGUGUAGGCACGCUUGGAAGUGACUCAUCGAUAGUGAAACGAUAGUGCCGCAUUAGUUAAAACACACACGGAAAUACGUUCAACAUAAGGUGCCAUCACAAUGGAGUUUCCGAAUUUGGGCAAACACUGCUCGGAGCAGUUCUGCAACAAGUUGGACUUUUUGCCAAUGAAAUGCGACGCCUGUGGUGCCAUAUUUUGCUCGGAUCACUUCAGCUACAAGGACCAUGCGUGCCCUUCGGCCUACAAGAAAGAUGUUCAAGUUCCUAUCUGUCCACUGUGCGGUGAUCCGGUUCCGACUCCGCGCGACGUAUCGCCCGAUAUCACAGUGGGUGCGCAUAUCGAUCGGUUCUGUACAUCAGACCGAAAGAAAAUAUACACCAACCGCUGUUCGUAUCGUAACUGCAAGAAAAAGGAACUUAUUCCCGUUAACUGUAGCGUGUGUCGGUUGAACUUUUGCCUGAAGCAUCGUCACACCACCGAUCAUGACUGUGCCGGACCGGCAGCGGGUCAGCGGAAUCUCGUAGCAACGGCCGCCAUUCAGCGACAAACCACUAGCAAAUCAACAUCAUCCGGGCCAUUCGCCGCCUUCCGGUCUGGCAUUACAAGCAGUGCCAGUGCCGUCCGAAGCAGCGCUGUUACAUCGACCACAGCAAACGAACACAUUGCUAUAAUACAGGGCGGAAUGUCGGAGGAUGAAGCCCUGGCUCGUGCGAUUGCAUUGUCCAUGCAGGAAGAAGAUCAACAGGCACAAUUACGCCAAAACCAGCAGGAACGAAAUCCCUCCAAUACGUCGCGCAGAAUUGCUGUUGGUAGCGGAAAUAGUGCCUCCAAGGACAGAUGUAUGCUUUCGUGAGAUCGCUCUCGGUUCACAGACCAUCAUUCCAUUGACGCUUUCAGGCGGCCAGCGACAAUCAAAGUGCGGAACCGAGGGUACCCAAUGCGAAGAAGAAUGUAAAAGACAAACAGCUGCUGCUGUGCGAUUUGUUGUUUCGUUUUUUCGGAGGUGGAACUUUUAAAAAACACUCGCUUGCUUGCCACUUUACCUUACUGCAUAUUGGCAGCAGUCACCAUCACCAAAAUGAUGUUUCCACGUGUAAAACAAUUUUCAUUCACGAAUACAAUUAUAUUUAUGCAUAGUUAAAUUCACAUCUCUCGUUAUUCGAUUUACGCGUCCUAUUACGGCCUUGCGAGAUGCGCCCGUGGCACCACGGGACGGCGCUCAAUUCUUCUUAUACUCAAUUCGUUCCACCUUCACGUCGUCACCGACAAGCUGGUACACGUACGUUACGACCGUCGUACUCUGGAUGUCCAUCAGCACAAAGGACGGAAUGACGGAGGUGUCCAGCGGGUUAUAGGAACCGGUAGCCGAGCCCGGAUUGAUGUAGAACUUGUUCUCGUGUUCGUACGCCUCGAACUUAUGCGUGUGCCCCGAUAUCAGUAUGUCCACGUCAAGCUGUCGCUGGAUCAGCGCUAACGCUUCCGGAUCGCCCCACGGCACCAC